CUUCGAAGCGUCACGAUGAUUUUUAGAAAGGCCAAACGACGUCGUUUGAAGCGCCAACCCCUCCUUAAUCCCCCGACCAGUCUUCGGAAACGAUACGCCUUCAUCAAUCGAAACUCUUCUGCUCUUCGUUCUACAUUGCUUACCGUCGUCAGAUACCUUCAAGAACUACCACACAUCUCUUUGCCAUGGAGAACACCGGAGCAAGUAGCGGGUUUCAGUACAAGAGAAGAAGAAUUCUAACCCAAACACAAAGGGAGGAGAUGGAGAAUGAAAACCAGAUUUCUGCUGAGGUAACUCCAUCUGUGGAGGGUCAAUCGUUCCUGGAUGCUUCGAAAAUUGAGGUUCCAGCGUUGGAUUGCACCAUUGAUAUUGAUAAAAUACCUGGAAUGAAGUUAACCCUGAAAUCUUCUUUGGGGGAGUUCCAGAAUCUGAUGCACGAAGAACUUGGAGAUCAUCCAGAAGUCCUUGAUUUGUUUAGGGAGAACACCCCUUUUUCUCAUUUUUUGGAUGUUGAGUGUAUUCCUCCUCCUCUAUUCCUAUGGCAACUCAUUGCGAGGGAAGACAAAAUAAAGAGGAAAAGAGAGAUGUGGUUCGUUUUCAAAGGAGUUCCUGUCAGGUACUCCUUAAGGGAGUUUUCACUCAUUAGCGGCCUCAACUGCUCUCAUCUUAACGCCGGCUUUGAAAAUUCUAAGGAAUUAACCUCUGCAAAGAAUGAUUUCAUUCGAGCUCACUUUCCUUCUGCAAAGAAGGGAAAGAAAUCUGCUGCAGUCACAUACAAGAUGGUUGUGCAGCGUUUCUUGGAAAUUUGUAAAGGAUUGGACAGGGAAAAGAAGAAAGAAGGCCAUGAGAUGGAUGCUGUGAAAAUGGCAGCACUUUUGUUUGUUGUUGUUCUCUUGGGUCCUGCUGAUCGAGACAAGUCUGCAAUUCCAGAUUGGAUUCUGGGCAUGAUUGCACAGUGGACAACAGCCAAAUCAAUUGGAAGAGGGGCCUCAUCAACCAUGUACUAUACUGGUUUCUUGCUUCCCAUUGGGAUCCUUUUUCUGGAGAGUUGCUUGGGGACUGGAGCAAAUAUUACAACAAGAAGCCCACAGACAUCCCCAGCUAGGCCAAGAAUCUGCCUUUGGGGUGAGAUUCCAAUAAAGAAGAAAAUCACCCACACAGAAAUGGAUGCUUACGUUGGGGACGUGCAGAGCAUUCUUGUUCCCGAUAAGUUUGAGGCAACUGCAGAGUGGUAUUUGAACUUCCAUCCUCUAGAGACCACAAAACACCCCGAGUUGGAUGCAUUUGUGGUAAAAUUAGAGUGUAGAGGGGAAGUCCACAUUCCGGUGGAAAGGAAGAGAAAACCCCGGAAUGUCCCUUCACCAACAAGAGAUAAUUCUGAAGAGCGUAAUGAGCACAUCUCCUCUCCCCAAGAAUCUCAGAGGAGUCAGAGCCUUAGGGAAUCUCCUUCUAGAGUCUCCCAUUCCAACAUCCCAAAUCCAUCGUCUCCUACCCCUCACCCCGCCAAGCCUUCAUCCAAUUCCUUUCAAGAACUCUUUGAUCGAAUGUCAAAGAAAAUUGAUAACAUUGCAGAAGAACAAAGAAAGAGGUUUGAAGUGCUUGAAAAAAAAGUUGAUUCUUUGUCAACUUUAAUAAAUCAAAAGAUUGUGAAUAAGGAGAAGAACCAACCAAGAAUCCGCAGGAGGUACGUCGAAUACCGUCGAAUACAUACGAAGCAAUCGAAUGUAUACGAAAUGUUCGAAUACCUCGAAUGCAGUCGAAACGUUUUGUUCAGUUUUAAAUUUGUAAGAUCUGUUAACGUUCAAGUGCUAGAGACGACAAUCAUGGGUGAUUGUGAGGAGACUGAGGCACACAAUCCUUCCCCUGAUCAUAAGGUUUCUCCAAGACUUGGUAUUCUCCAAAUUGUUUGGGAAAUAAAACAAGAGCACGAGAAUCAACCUUCAACUCUUUUUGAUUCUGUUCUUAGUUUGGAGAACAGAAAGGUUGAGCCUAGCCAUGAGGUAAUGGAAACAGACGCUGCUACUUCUAUGAAACCUCUACAGGCUGAGUCUACCCACGAGACAAUGGGAACAGAAGAUGCUGCCUCAAUGAAGCCUCUGCAGGAAAUGGUUGAGCCUAGCCAUGAGGUAAUGGAAACAGACGCUGCUGCUUCUAUGAAACCUCUGCAGGCUGAGUCUACCCACGAGACAAUGGGAACAGAAGAUGCUGCCUCAAUGAAGCCUCUACAGGAAAUGGUUGAGCCUAGCCAUGAGGUCAUGGAAACAGACGAUGCUGCUUCUAUGAAAACUCUGCAGGACAAGGUUGUUUCUCCCCCGAAGGAAUUGGGAGACGAGGCUGAAAUUACUGAUGCCAUUGUGUGUGGAAAGAGAGUGAAAAAGAAGUCAGCCAGUUUGAAGUCUCCUUAUACAGCGGACGGGAGGAAGAAAAAGAAAGCCGAUGAGCUCUUAUCUAAGCCGCCAACUAAAGUAGAUCUUUUGGAAUUUAAGAACUUCAUCGUAAAAGCAAUUAAAGAGGACCGCCCUGUACAAUGCUACCUCGCGCAGUACAAGGAGAUUCAGGGAUUUGUGAAAACAUGGUGGACUAACCUUAUCACUCCAGGUCUUUGGGUAGCGGAUACUCAUCUGAGUGAGUACCUUUACGUCCUGAGAAGACGUUUAUGCAAUGACGAUGGAGACUCAUGCAUUGCGCCUUUUGAAUUCUUCAAUUACAUGAACUCUUAUGCGCAUGACCCACAAUGGCCUGUUUUGUCUGGACCCCUUGAAAAGAUUGUGGAUGGUACAUACAGCGAGGGGCCGGAAGCAUUUAAAACCAAAGCCUAGAAAAAGAACACUAAGUACGUAUAUUAUUUGAAAGGCACGGGUUCACAUUGGUUCUGUAUCAAGGCUGACUUUGAGAGGUGCCGCCUCGUCGUGCAUGACUCCCUUAAAUGGAUAACUUCGAAUGAGAAGAUGGAAAGUUUGCUGAUAGAUGAACUUAGAGGGUUUAAAGGCAUUGCUGGAAUUAGAGAAAUCGGCAAGCACGGAUAUGCCGAUUGGGAAAUCGAAUACUGCUGCCCAGUACCCCAAUAGAUUGAUUGUGACUGCGGCAUCUUCACGGUAAAAAUGUUAGAGUUGGGAGCACAACAUCAGAAUUUUAAAUCUUUGGAGAAGAUGACAAAAGAAAAGAUGGCCAACAUG